AAAAAGUUGUAGGUAGCCUUGGUAGCCUUAUAACCUAGUAGCCUGGUACGCUCUACCCACUUAUCACUUUCUACCUUACACUAUUAUCUCCAUCCCGAAUUCAACCUCGUAACCCCGAUUCCAGCUUGAGAGCAACUGUCUAUUUUUGCCCUAAAUGUAUCAUCUCAGUGGUGCUUUGGAAGGUUUGCAUCAUAUUGUUCGUUCCAUAUAGUGUUUUGUGUUUUCUUUUGACAUAUAUGCAUACACACAUACAUACCUUUCUACCUAUCUACCUAGGCCUACAUACACACAAUCAUUGAUCUAAUCACAACCGAUACUUUGUGGUUUCUUUCACCAACUUCACCAAAAGAUUUCAAGCUUGAUCAGACUAGCCACUUGCCAUACCUCGAUUUCGUAGUACAAGGCCCUUUCUAUAGUUUCACCUAAUUCAUCCCUCGAAUUCCGUCUUACUAUUUAAGCGACUCUUCGUCCUACAUUUCAUCACAUCCUCUAAGGCGCCGAACCGAUUUAUCAUGGGCGUCCCCAAGUUCUUCAGAUGGCUCUCAGAGCGAUAUCCUGCAAUAUCACAGCUCAUUGCAGAGAAUCGAAUCCCCGAAUUCGACAAUCUUUACUUGGAUAUGAAUGGUAUUAUACAUAACUGUACCCACAAAGACUCACAUGAUACAUCGUUUCGUCUUAGCGAAGAUGAGAUGUUUAUACGUAUCUUCAACUAUAUCGAGCACUUGUUUGGUAAAAUAAAGCCAAAGAAGCUGUUCUUUAUGGCAAUUGACGGUGUCGCGCCCAGGGCAAAAAUGAACCAGCAGAGGGCUCGUCGUUUCCGGACGGCGCUGGAUGCUGAAUUAGCCCGCGACAAGGCCAUUCGAGAAGGUCAGGAAUUGCCGAAAGAGGAUCCCUUCGACAGCAACUGCAUCACGCCAGGCACCGGGUUCAUGGCAAAGUUGACCCAACAGCUCAAGUACUUCAUCAACAAAAAGAUAUCCGAGGAUUCCGAUUGGCAGGUCUGCGACAUUGUCUUGUCAGGUCACGAAGUCCCGGGUGAGGGUGAACAUAAAAUCAUGGAGUACAUUAGAAAUGCGAAGGCUCAACCCGACUACCACCCCAAUGUUCGGCAUUGUCUGUAUGGCUUAGAUGCCGAUCUUAUCAUGCUGGGGUUGUUAAGUCACGAUCCCCAUUUUUGUCUCCUCCGCGAAGAAGUCACUUUCGGUCGCGCUUCGAAGACUAAAUCCAAGGAGUUGGAGCAUCAGAACUUCUAUCUAAUGCACCUCUGUAUAGUUAGGGAAUACCUCGAAUUGGAAUUCCAGGAGUUGAAAAAGGAAGGUACCAUCAAAGUGCCUUUCAACAUGGAGAGAAUCAUUGAUGAUUUCAUUCUCAUGGCAUUCUUCGUCGGCAACGACUUUCUUCCUAAUUUGCCAAACCUUCACAUCAACGAAGGCGCUUUGGCAACCAUGUUUCGCAUUUAUAAGCAGGUGCUUCCCCAGUGUGAUGGUUAUAUCAACGAAGGAGGAGUAAUCAACCUCUCUCGUUUAGGGUUAUUAUUGAAAGAGCUAUCCAAGGAAGAAUACCGGUAUUUCGAGCACGAGCACGCCGACUUGAAAUGGCUCAAGAGCAAGCAGCUGUCAGGGUCUAACGGCGAGGAAUCUACCAAACACAAAGGGAAGCUUGUCAUGACAAGUACCCAGAGAGAGUUAUGGAAGAAGAUUCGGAAGUUUCUCAAUAAUCGAUCAUCUACUCCUCUUAACCUCGGCCAUGAGCUCAUCGCUGCCGAUCGAAAAUUUGUGCAGGAUACUGCUGACAGCCUCCACAUUGACUGGCGUACUGUCGAAGACGACGACGGGCAGCGUAAUCUGUUGCUAGCAAUGCCCCUAAAACCGGGUGGUGAUGAUAAUGAGGAGGAGGAGGAGGAAGGACAUAUGGCCUUAUUUCGCGUCAUGAAGCGCUACGACAAUGCCCACGUCGUUGAUCUCUCCGCCGAAGAAGCUCAGGCCUCCGUUCAAGCCAGGUAUCAAGAGAAAUUUGAUGAGUGGAAAGACAAGUACUAUACAAGCAAGUUUGAGUGGACCGCGGAGACCAAAGAGAGAGAACUGACAAAACUUUGCGAGAACUAUGUCCAAGGGCUGCAAUGGGUGCUAUACUACUACUACAAGGGGGUGGCUUCUUGGCCGUGGUUUUACAGCUACCACUACUCGCCCAUGACAUCUGACAUUAUGAAAGGAAUGAAUGCCAACUUAGAUUUCAAGCUCGGUCAACCCUUCCGACCGUUUGAGCAACUCAUGGGCGUUCUCCCAGACCGAAGCAAGAAAAUCGUUCCAGCAGUGUACCAUGAGCUCAUGACAGAGGCGAAAUCGCCAAUUAUUGACUUCUACCCUCGUGACUUCAAACUCGACAUGAAUGGUAAAAAGAUGGAAUGGGAAGCCGUGGUCAAGAUCCCGUUCAUAGACGAGAAGCGUUUGCUGUCCGCAAUGGCACCUAAGAACGAGCUUCUUACGCCAGAGGAAAAGGCCCGAAAUGACUUCGGAGUUUCCUUGAAAUUUACAUACGAUCCGAAUCUUGACUUCAUCUACCCAUCAUCCAUGGUCGGAAUCUUUCCAGAUAUUCCUCAUUGCCGUUGCGUUGAGAACAUAUUCGACUUACCUACAACCGAGGGACUCGAAUUGUAUGUUGGUUUACUUGAUAACGCGAAACUCGGCGUAGACGCCCUCGCAGGAUUUCCCAGUCUCGCUACGUUGCCUUACAAUGCCAAUCUUGGCUUUCAUGAGGUCAAUGUCUUCCAGCAAGUGAGUCGCAACGAGAGUAUGGUUGUCACUCUAGCCGACGUUGAACUCCGAAGCAAAGUAGGGUUGGCCAAGGCCAAAAUAGGGCAAAGAUGCCAUGUUGGGUAUCCGUUCUUACAAGAGGCGAGAAUCGUACGGGUGUCAGACGAGUUAUUCGACUACUCUCUCGCUUCAGAUGGCUCUGGCCAAGUCAUUCCGACUCAUCAUUCUGGCAAAGACAUAGGAGAAUGGAGCAAGAAGGCAUCUCGUAUAGAAAAUUUCUACAGCAAGCGCCUUGGCAUCAUCAUUGGCCCCGUUGAAUCUUUGGUCCACGUGGAGAUGUUAAAGGGGCUCACAAAAACGGACGAAGGUGCUACUGUGAAAGAAUAUGGCCUGAUCCCAGGCAUGGAAAUAGAUUACGCUGCGCAGGUAAUUGUUGACAGGGUUGUCAGCGAAGAUGAACGAUUUAUUGAAAGAGAUGCGUUGCCGUUUGAAGAGGAGUUCCCUGUUGGGUCCCAUGUUUUCUUUCUCGGAGAUUAUGGGUACGGACGCCCUCUUGAGAUUUGCAGUCACAAUGAUAACCGAGCGGAAAUCAUUUUAUCGGUACCUGUGGCAAGAGAGCCAGACUUCGCUCGGUCAAUCAUUCGGAUUGCUGAGCAGCAAAGUGGUUACCAACCAUCUUACGUGAUCGCGAAAGAGUUGGGACUUCACCCGCUUGUCCUAAGCAAAAUUACUUCUUCUUUCUUUGUUCACACAAUUGGGGGCAGCAUGAAGGUCAACUUGGGAUUAAAUCUCAAGUUUGAGGCACGGAAACAGAAAGUAUUGGGUUAUUCAAGAAAAUCGAAUUCCGGAUGGGAAUUCAGUCCUGCCGCGGUUCGAUUGCUAGUAGAGUAUAUGACCCGAUUCCCAGAUUUCUUCGCUGCAAUCAUGCGGAACCCUUCGGGAAACGAGUUUCACGAGACAGACCUUUGGCCGGAUACACAAGCUGCCAGCACCAGAACCAAGGAGAUCGGUGCGUGGCUCAAGACCGUGGAAACAAGCAAAUUCGAGCGAGUUCCCCUUGACGCAGAGCAGCUAGACUCUAACGUAGUCAUGGAACUUCAAAGAACGGUAGACUCACUAAGAGAAUCGGCCGAGCAGACUGAACCAAAAAGACUGAAAGGGGUUCCUCGGUCCGCAUUGCUCAACCCUAGGGAUGCCGAGCAACGGCUCAGUAACCAGCGGUUCGCCUUAGGUGAUAGAGUCGUGUACGUACAAGCCUCUGGGAAGGUGCCCAUCGCUUCGAGAGGAACUGUUGUCGGCAUAAGCACGGUUGGCAACCACCAUAUGCUUGACGUACUAUGCGACAACGCAUUCAUGAACGGUACAACAUUGGCUGGCAGGUGCGAGCCCUUUCGAGGACAGACCGUUUCGGCAAAUUCGGUUCUCAACGUGUCAAACAGGCAAGUCAUAACGAGCUCAAAGAAGAGUAAAGAAAAGCAACCCAGCUCAACGGAAGCACCUUUAUCUUCCCUUGGCUACGGUGCACCGGGCGGCCGAGGUGGCAAACUACGAGAUGCCCCAACGCCAGGUCCUCUUAGGGGUUCUUGGCGAGGCGUAGCGAAUGGCGCAAACCGACAAUCAGCCCAGGGACGAGGUGCUCAUAAUUCACACACAUCCAAUGAUAUUCCCCAUUUACAACCCAGUAGCUUGGUUUACCGCCCGAUGCCCAAUCAACCGCAAACAUCCAAUCCGGGAGCAACACAACAAAUUGGUGGUCAAUCUUACCGCGGCCGUGGUGGUCCACAUUGGAAUGGACGUGGAAACCGGGGCGGCAGAGGCGCCUCAAUAUCUCCGGGCAACGAUUUUUAUGGCUCAAGAGGGCCAGAACCCACAGGGCCCAUUCAUCACCAGUCUUAUAACGCUAUGCCACCACCAGCUGGGUUGAAUGCUCGUGGUGGUGGAGGUCGGGGGCGUUCACGGGGUCGUGGAGGAGUACGUGGACGAGGUGUUCGCGGCACACCAACUGGGAAUUAGAUUAGAAGAGGGAUGUGUUCAUUUUAAGACAGCUCUACUAAGUCUCGUCUAGAUUGCCUUUCAGGUGACGUGUUACGGAUCUAGAAAGUAGGCAACACAUGUAACGGUGUGAAGAUAGCCACAUUAUAAUAGGUUUAGGUCUUGAGCAUAUUAAUGCCCUCGGUUGUGGACAAGUUGUGGCGGCCAUUGCUCAUGUUAAAGACUAGCUGGAUGUUUACAUAGGAAAUAGGUAUCUACAUGCAACCGAUCACUCGGACCUUUUAAGCAAGGCACACAUAAAAUUGAUCGUUUUGCGAAGUAAAUAGGAGAGCUAUAGCAAAUGAAGCCAUGUUCAACCACACGUGAGUGAGGGAAGUGGGUGGCAAAACGUUAGAAUGUUGAUGCCAGAAAAUAGGAGUUACACAUACCUAUAAGUAGUGUACAUAUUAUAUCCUAUUAAAUCAAACUCAACUUUAGGGGCCUGCGGAUUUCGAAGUCAAU